AUGCCCGGCGGUGCGCAGGGGCACUCGACGUUGCUGCUGGGCCAAGGGCCCACGUCGUUCAACUGGCACGGCUCCAUCCCCACCGUCCGCGCCGACACCAGCUUUGAGCCGAACUUCCGCCAGUUUGACUUCUUUCUCGACACGCAGGCAAUGCCCGAUGAGGCGCUGGCGGAGCGCGUCUACAAAGUGCCGGAGGGUGAGUCACACUGGCACCUCCGCACGUUCUGGGGGCAGAACCUCCGCUGCACGCCGGUUGUCAUAACCAGUCUGGCCGGCGCUGGCUUCGUGAACUUCUUCUACACGCGCCUCCUGAACCGCACUGGAACGUCCAUUCGGUGGUCCUUUUGGAAGUGCUACGCGUUCGUAUUCGCAUGGAACAACCUCACGAAGUUUGUGGCGAGAGAGCGGUACUUCCAGCGCGAUUUCCAGCGGAAUCAGCUCUAUUCCUUUGAUGAAAUACGGGACCAGCGUGACCGGCAGCGCGUGCGUGAAGCGCUCUAUGAGAAGCAAUUCGUAAAGAAUCCUGUAGCGGAGUACCGUGUGAAGGCAUGGCAAGUAGCAGAGAGAUUUGCGUAG